CUUUCUCCAAGGGGCAUUGCUGAAAUUUCUUCAUCCCGCUCUACCAAGUGUUGUCUCUGGUGCUACUGAAGGGCCAUCAACAUCGUCUUCGUCACAUGUUUAUGAGGAGGAGCAAGUGGAAGACAACAUUGCGGCGUCCACACCACUUCCCAGCAGUGGUUCAACAGAAGCAGUGCCAUCAACUCCAUCACGACUUGAGGAGGAGCAAGUGGAAGCAUCCACACCACUUCCCAGCAGUGGUUCAACAGAAGUGCCAUCAACUCCAUCUCCACUUCAUGAGGAGGACAAAGAGGAAGAUGACAUUGACAUGGCAGAGACCACCCCACCAUCCAGAACUGGGGUACCUGUAGGUAUUGCAAGCACCACAUUAAGUGAUGACCCAGGAUGUUGGCCCAGUGUCCUAACAAGCAGUAUGCGCUGUGAAAUAGUCAAAAAAGGACCUGUGCAAAUCAUGGACAUUGAAUUCCCGCAAAACUUAGACAAUCCUCCUCGAAGAUUCACCAAGGACAGUUACAAAAGAACCAUGAAAAAUGGUGAGAAUAUACAUCGAUCGUGGCUGGUGUAUUCCAUCCACACAGAUGGAGUGUUCUGUUUCCCUUGUACUGUUUUCGGGAAGCGUGAGCGUGACAAUGCCUUAACGACCUGUGGCUACGGUGGAUGGAAGAACCUUUCCUAUCGCCUAAAAAAACACGAGUGCACAAAGGUGCACUGUGACAAUGUGAAAAAGUGGCACGACCUUCAGAGGAGACUGCAAACCAGUACACUGAUUGAUCAAAGACAGAUGGAGUUGAUGCAACUUGAAGUUGAACACUGGAAAGGCGUGAUUCGGAGAGUGAUUGCCAUAGUUUCCCAUCUGGCAGAACGCAACCAGGCUUUGAGAGGAACUACCAGUACCGUGUAUGAUCGCCACAAUGGGAAUUUUCUGGCUCAAGUGGAACUCCUAGCACAGUUUGAUCCGGUAAUGAAUGAACACAUCAGACGAAUACAAUGCAAAGAGACAAAGGUGCAUUACCUGAGUGGAGUCAUUCAGAACGAAAUCAUUCAGCUGGUCGGAGACAAAAUCCUACAGGAGAUUGCAAGAAGAGUGCACAAAGCAAAAUACUUCUCCGUGAUCAUGGAUUGCACUCCUGACAUCAGCCACAAGGAACAACUUUCUGUUGUUCUCAGGAUUGUCAACUGUGAAACACCUGUUUCUAUUGCUGAGCAUUUUUUGGGAUUUGUACAUGUUGAAGACACAACUGGUAAAGGGCUCAGUGAAAUCCUGCUUGACCAGUUGGAGAAGCACAACCUCAGCAUUUCAGAUUGCCGUGGGCAGUCAUACGACAAUGGCAGCAAUAUGAUGGGCCACAAACAGGGUGUGCAGGCAAGAAUUUUAGAGCUGAACAACAAGGCGCUAUGCAUCCCAUGCAGCAGUCACACACUAAAUCUGGUUGUGUCAGAUGCUGCCAAGUCUUCAGUGUUGUCCAUGUCUUUUUUUGGUAUGCUGCAACGACUGUACAACCUUUUCAGUUCCUCUGUGCACCGCUGGGCAAUUUUGAAGCAGCAUGUGAAGCAGCUCACCCUUAAGCCACUUUCAGGGACGAGAUGGGAGGCCCGAAUUGACAGUGUGAAGGUAGUGCGGUACCAUCUACCUGAAAUACUAGACGGACUGUCAGCACUGGAGACAUAUGCUACAGAGAAGGGGGACUCAGAGACCAUGUCCUCAGCAAAAAGCUUACAUGGUGAGCUUAAAACAUGGUCCUUUCUUCUGUGCACAAUAACCUGGUACAACGUUUUGUAUCAGGUUAACCAUAUGAGCAAGCUCCUCCAGAGCCCGGAUGUUUCAAUGCAAACACUGAAAAAAGAAACCGAGGGAGUGACAGAGUACCUAGAAGAUUUCAGGGAAAAUGGACUCGCAUCAAGCCAAACGGAUGCAAUGGAGAUUGCAGAAGAUCUGGAAAUUGAGAGGAAAUUGCCUGAGAAAAGGCAACGUAAAAAGAAAAGGCAGUUCCUUUACGAGAGUACAGAUGAAACCCAAUCGACCCCAGAAGAGGCCUUCAGAAGGGACUUCUUCCUGCCUUUGGUUGACACUGCCAUCACCAGCCUAAAAGACAGAUUUUCCAGACUGGAGGGGGUGUAUGCCCUGUACGACUUCCUGUUCAGCAUUGAUAUCAUGAGGGCCACAAUCAAGACUGGGAAAUUGCAUGAGAGAUGCAGGAAAGUGGAACAAACCCUCCAUGAUAUUGAUGCAGACGACUUGGCAUUGGAGAUCAACUCUGCUGUCCACACCUUUCCAGAUGAAGUAUCCAGGUGCCCAUUUAAAAUGCUGGACUACAUAUACAGUGAGAAGCUGUUGGACCUGUACAGCAAUUUAAGCAUUGCACUGCGCCUACUUCUGACCCUUCCUGUCUCGGUUGCCUCCGGAGAGAGGAGCUUUUCAUCUCUGAAGCGCAUAAAGAAUUACAUGAGGUCAACUAUGAGCCAAGAGAGGCUCUCUGGACUGGCACUCAUGUCAAUUGAGAGUGACGUCCGCAGGUCUUUGGACUUGGAGGGGAUUGUGUCUGCAUUUGCUGAGGCCAAGGGCCGCAAGCAGCAGUUUCAGUAGGAAAUAAAAAAAAUAAUAAAGGCUACUUUUCAGUGUAUGUUUGACCUCUUUUGUGAUUAAAACGCACAGAAUUGCGGAAAUUUUUUUUUUAAAGGCCCCCAACAACUUCUUUGCCUAGGGCCCCCAAAAUCCUAGA